AUGCGCGGCGUUCAACCACACGUUUUGCGACUUCUUGUUGCCAUCUUGGCAGCAGUCGGAUUGCUCUCCUUCUUUGAUCCCCUCGGUUUGCGACUCACAUCCUCGUCAGCACUCGGCAGCUUCUAUCCGUCGGACACUCGAUCGGGCGGGUGGUUCAUGUCUUCAACGAUUACACAUAUUGUUCUUUUCAAGUUCAAGGCCAGUGCGGGCGCCGAGAAGAUUAGUACGAUCUCCAACCGCUUCCUAGGCCUCAAGGAACAAUGCGUCACCAUGGCACAGCAGCCGUACAUUCGCAAGAUUUCCGGCGGCAGAGAUAAUUCCCCAGAGGGAUUGCAGGGCGGCCUUACACAUGCGUUCGUUGUCGAAUUUGAAUCCGCCGCCGAAAGAGACUACUAUGUCAAUCUGGAUCCCAUCCAUCAAUCGUUCAAGAAAGAAAUCGAGCCUUUUGUGGAAAAGGUCACGGUGGUGGACUUUGCUAAUGGCGCCUUUUGA